CCCGGUUCCCUUGCUAAAACCCUCCUCGGGCUCCGCGACGCCUCAUCCACUGCCGUCUAAACCCCAACCCCUCCUGCCAUUUCCCCCACCACAAGCAGCAACCCAGGCCAAGCCAAAGCAGAAGCUAGGCGGACGCGACGCGAGCUCCCGCCGCCGCCAAUGGCGCUCCUCCUCCGGCCGUCGCCUCCCCCACCCCAUCUCCGCCUUCUUCUCCGCCGCCUCCUCUCCAGCGCCCCUACCCCCUCCCGUCUGCUCCCGGUCCCCUCCCCCUCCGCUCGACACCUCUUCAGACCCAGGGUUGUGGCGGCGGUGGUCCCAGGGCGGAAUGGGGUCGCGGUGAGGGCUUUCAUGGCCUCCACGGCGGCAUCCGAUGCGAUGCAGGAGAAGCGGGUGGCCGGCGAGUACACCGCAGCAAACGUCCAGGUCUUAGAGGCAUUGGACGGAGUUCGCAAAAGGCCUGGUAUGUACAUUGGCAGCACAGGACCACGUGGGUUGCAUCAUCUGGUUGUUGAAAUAUUGGAUAAUGCUGUGGAUGAAGCUCAAGCAGGCUAUGCUACUGAGAUUAAUGUAGUCCUUCAUGAUGACAAUUCAGUUAGUGUAACUGACAAUGGCCGUGGGAUCCCUACAGAUAUACACCCGCAGACGAAGAAAUCAUGCGUGGAGACUGUCUUAACGCUAAUGCAUGCUGGUGGCAAAUUUGGAGGCUCAACGAGUAGCUACAGCGUUGCUGGAGGGCUGCAUGGUGUUGGCCUAUCAGUUGUUAAUGCGUUGUCAGAGGCACUAGAAGUUACAGUUUGCCGUGAUGGGAAGGAAUAUCGACAACGCUAUUCUCGUGGAAAACCACUUACAACGCUAACUAGUACCACACUGCCUGAUGAAUCAAGUCGUCAAGGUUCAUGUAUCAGAUUUUGGCCUGACAAAGAAAUAUUUACAACUGCAAUUGAGUUUGACUUCAGCACGAUCUCUAGUCGCAUCCGGGAACUUGCAUUUUUAAAUCCUGAGCUGACAAUAACACUGACAAAGGAAGAACAGGAUGCACAGGUUCAACACAAUGAAUACUGUUAUGCUGGUGGCCUGGUUGAAUAUGUUGCCUGGUUGAAUACUGACAAG